AUGCCCUCACCCUCUUCAUCCGGCCUAUCCGGCCGCAUCAUCCCAAUAAUCACCCUCUCAAUCCUCUCCAUCUUCGCCUUCGACGCCCUCCUCAUCCAGCUCGACCGCAACGGCUACUCCGCCCUGCUCAAUGAAAUCCUCGAUGACCCCAACCCGCGCUUCCUCCCAGGCUCUGAGCGGCUUCUGCUCAGACGCUACACCGGCGUGCCUUGGCUGGACCGCGGAUUCGCCCUGUCCAACCUCAUCUGGGCGAAUGUUGUGGAUGGAUCGAGGCCGGAGCUUUCGCUGUUUGCGUUUUGCUUUGGGGCGCAGUUGCUUCCUUUCUUUUUGGUUGUUAUGAUUGAGAGCCAGAGGGUCGUUGGCUGGAGUCGUCUUGUCUUCAACCCUAUUAUCUGGGGAAUGCUGAUGCAAGCAUUCGGCUUUGGCUUCAUCAUGCCUCUAUUUGCGGUAGUCCACCUCCUAUGGACAUCAAACGUGACCCGAUCUCAGACUGUCUACCUCCGGGAUCACACAAGCUUGCACACGGUAGUCCCAGUGUUUCUUCUUGGAUACGUGCUCCUUUGUGGACUCCUUGCCUUUCCCUUCCCUGACGACAAUCUACGACAAUGGCUCAAUGUCAUCUGGACUUGGUUCCCGUUGCAUGUAGUCGUGCUCCAGACGCUCUUUGCUGGCCUUGUCAAGCGGAUGAGCAUCGGCCAGGACACGUUUACGCCCAAGGUUAAGCUUGAUAGAGAGGCUCUUUCGUACGCGUACGGAUUUGCCUGGAACGUGGCUGUCAUGGGUCAAAUGUGCACAUACGCCGUGCUCAUCGCAGCAAACAUAUUUCCCAGCGUUUUCCCCCAAGGCGUUGCGAAAAGACUCACACUGGAGAGGGUCUUCAUUCCCGACGCACCACACACGUACACACCUAUGACGGAUACCGGCUCUGCUAUGCAUAACUUCUUCAACUACGACCUGUACAUCGGAUCUAUUUCUGCUCUCAUCUGGGCGGUUCAUCUUCUGUUGCAGGUCCGACCGGAGCUUUCGUCGGGAGAGGAGAGGACAAAUCUUGCGAGAGGUGUGGCAACGAGCUUCUUGCUUUCUGGUCCUGGAGGAGCGCUUGUUGCGUUGAUGCAGCAUCGUGAUGAUGUGGUACUUAUCGCUGAGGCCAAGGCAGACAAGUCACAGUGA